GGGGGGAAGAGGUUAUGCUGUUGCAGAGAACGCAGUAGCAGCGAUGGCGGGCGCCAAGGAGCAACAGGAUUGCCUCUUCUGUAAUCUCUGUGGCUCCUUACUGUCCUUCGAUUCUGCGUCUUUCGCCUCCUGCCUCCUCUGCCACAAUCAGCGCUCCGUUCAAGGUCUUCGUCGUUGCUUUCUUCUUUCUCUUCUUCUUCUACUUCUUCUUCUCCCUAUCCCUGGACGGGUUGCGAGCUUUCUUCUAACUUUUGCUCUAGAUUUUCAGGGGAAGGAGAUAUGGUAUAGAAGUACUCCCCAGGACUUUAUGCGACGCUUAGGAGUGGAUUUACUUAUUCAACCUGAGGAGACUCAAGUAAAAGCUAAAGAAAGCGAUGAAAUGCAACAACGAGCCGUAGUGAAUGAUGAGUGUCCAAGAUGCAAGAAUCCAAGUCUGGAGUACUACACGAAGCAGCUACGAUCAGCAGAUGAGGGGCAAACAGUAUUCUAUGAAUGUCCUAAGUGUCAUCACAAGUUCUCUCAAAAUAUGUAGUUUACGAAGAAUUUCAGGGUUCUGGUGUAUUUGCGACUCUUCUACAAUUUAAGAGACCAAGUUGUAUUAGCAGAUGCCAUUAUGGCUAAGGAUUAGGGAUUUGCACAAACUGCAAUGACCGCAAUCAGGACUUGGACUUUAUAAACCAACAUAAACAGAGGAUAUGAUAUGUGCACUUGAGUUUUAAAAAAGCUUGAACAUCUAGGAGCUGGUGUUCAACCUUGGGGAACAUUGUUCACAGAGAUUUUUACAGUCAAGAGCUUUUGUAGCAGUUGGAAUACGACCCAGCACAUGAAGUGAAACAGCAUAUCGAUCGGGUUUGAUGAGAUUGCGGGAUGUACGAGAACACAUAUCAACAGGCUUGCUUCACAUAUUUCGGUUUCCUCAAAGCAGCCGAAGUGUCGAAUAGUAAAUUAUCUGUUAAUUUUGAGUGUUAAUUUUGAGUGUGUAGUUGAGCUUUGAAGCUUUUUGUUCUGCACGAUGAAAAAUGAACAGAAAUUGUGACUUGAUCAUGCGCA